AAAUUAAAUAAAUUGCAAGCAGGAAAUUGACGUUGAUCAUUUUUCCAAUAGUUGCGAAACAUUUCAUUACCUGUUUACCACUUUGAUCCGGCAACUGUGUACAAUUCAGUCAGUAAUAAAGAUUUAUUAUGGAACACAUACCACAGGAUUACCUGGGAGGUGAUUUGUCUACAAAAUCUGCCACAGAGUUGAAAGAAUUGUUGGAAAGGCAAGAAAAGCUGCUGAAGAAGGUAAAAUUUCUAAAAACCUUGCCAGAUGGAGGGGUAAAGGUGCAAGCAUUUGUUGAAAAACUGCAGAGAAUGAUCAGUGAGAGGAUAGAGACUGAUCUACAGGAGUCAACAAAUAGACAAAUUAUCUCCCCUUCAACAAAAGCAAAUGUUAAACCCAAAGUGAUUACUGAAGUUCCAGGACAACUGAUAAAAAAGCCAGUUUCGAAAUUCAAAAAACAAAAUCUUCAACAGUCUAGAGAUGUACCAAAACAAAACACAAACAAGAACAAAGAUUUUAGUGCAUUGGUUCAAAAUGAAUCAGAAUUGUUUUCAUGUAAUGGUGAAGGUGAUUUACAUAUGGAACUUGAAAGAAAUACUUCCAACUCUGUACUGCAAAGAGACCAAGUUACAAUAGAGGAUAUAGGAGAAACUUUAGAAAAAAUGGAAAUAAGUUCAGCAGACACUGAUAAACAUGAGACACCUCCAGCUGAGGAACACAUACUGAGUGUGAUAGAAAGAACACAUAGAAAUAGAAAACGAGAUACACUUAAACUAAAUAGAUAUUUAAAGAUUUCAAAUAUCCAAGAUUUACCACCUGAACUGAGGAAUCCUAGUAACAUGUUGGCUGAGACAGAAACGAAACAGACAAAAAAGAAAGUUGAUUGGGAAGAAUCUGCAGUUUGUCCACCUAAAUAUAAAUACUCUGCUGCUCAGGAGAUGUCUAUACAAGAAUCCAUGAAAUUACAAGCAGAACAAACGAGGCAUAGAGAGGAGUCACAGGCAAUAUAUGCAGCUGAAAAAUUAGCCGAAAAGCUCAACAUUAAAUUGGAGACCUUUAAUCCAGAAGGAAGAGAUAUAGUAUAUAGAGAACCUGAAGUUAUAGACAGUGAUGAUGAUGAUCUGGAAGGAGUUGACUGAUGGGUACUCAUGACUACUAAUUGUAUAAACAAUAAAAAAAACAUGUGAUUCAUAAGGAAGAGUAAUAUAUGUUACAUCAUCACUACUAUGGACCAAUUUAUGGACAAAACCUUUAUAUUCUCAGGAAAGUUAGGUUUAUGAAAAGACAAAAAGUGCUUGAUGAUGAUAAGAGAUAAUGAUACAGACAGCGAAACUGAUUCUCAUCAUGACAAUAUCAUUUGUUUUCAGUACAUGAAUGUAGGCAAAUUAUUGCAUGAUUUCAGUCAGUUGUCAAUCAGGGUUUCCUUUUUGUAAUUAUGUCAUUCUGUUUGUCACAACAUUUAACACAGAUUCAAUAUGACAAAUUAAAUUAAAAAUAAAUAUGUUUAUUUUUACUACAAUAUCAAUAUUCCCAUCUUUAAGAUUUUAUCUAUUUAGAAUUGUUGAACUAGCUUUUAAAAAUCUCAGUGGUGUAGGAGUAGAUAGAAAAGUGGGAGGAGGCAAUCUUUUGAAAAUGACUAGCAAAAACAAAAAUAUAGUCUAAUAGUCUAGAAGUUAGUCAGUGUUCUCUUUCAUUUUCAUUUUUUAUUUUCAUUUUUUUUUGUGGUGCCAAAAGUGGGAGGGAGCUAAACAUAUUCUUGCAAUUUAUAAAAAAGGGGGUUGAUUAAUAUCCAAAAAGAUUCUAAAGACCUUUUAUUUUGAUUUGUAAAACUUAAAAAGAAUUACUGUAUUACUAGGCUGUCAAAAGUGAGGCUGUAAGUUUCGAAUCCCGCACCUGGCAGGAGGACAACUCCAAUCUCAAUUGACCAGGAUUGUCAGUUUUCCUACCAAAGGUCGUGGUUCUCUCUGGGCACUCCGGCUUCCUCCACCAAUAAAAACUGACUGCCAUUAAAUAGCACAAUAGUGCUGAAAAGUAGUGUUAAACACCAAUCAUUCAAGCAAAAUGUACAGGAACCUUUCAUUAUCAGUCAUUUUUGUUUGUAGUUUCACAAUUAUAAAUGCUGAUGUGUUUGUUGUUGUUGUUAGUCUUUGUUUUUCAUAGUAAGUUUUUUCCGGAGGAAUCAGGUGUAGGUGGUUGAUGUGGUCUGUUGUACUAUGGGGAUUUCUGUUAUCUCUUCACUCUUUUUAUUUACUCUUCAAAUUAUUUAUUAUGCAAAUAACAUUUUGAAUAAGCAGUUGGUAUUUUAGGUAGAAUUGUAAUUCCAGCUUCCUACAAUUGAUGCUACUUUUUGCAUAUGUGAUCAUAGCAGAGUUCUGGGAAUCUUUUUUAGCCUGGUGUUCAUAAGGACCAUCAGAACCAUCAAGACCACAUAUUUGGUGGCAGCGUUAAUUUUGUGGUCCUGUUUUUGCAUAACAAUUUUAGGUGAGUUCGAAAAGUCAGCGCUAAUCUAUUAUUUUUACAGGAGUUAUGUCUCUUUGAAAUGUAAUUUAUAUUGAACAUUGCAUUGUAAGCAGUCUCACACCUUCAAUUCUUGUCAAAUUUUUAUGAAGUUUAUAUUAAAGGCCUACAUCAGUAAUGGCUUGGAAGAGUUGGGAGAGUUCGUCUGAAGUGUUUUUGAUAAAGGUCAUUCCAGAUACACACAUUGUACACCAGACAAUUGCUCCUAACUCAGAAUUCCAAAAAGAAUUAAAUGUUUUCAAUACACACAUUUUAAAUAAACACUAAUUGUUUUACAGGAGCUGUGCCCACAGGCACUUGUCUCAGAAAAAAAAUUCCUAUAUACCUUGAUGUAUUAUAUUGUGGUAUAUAGGUUUUUUUUCUGAGACAAGUGCCUGUGGCUGUGCCCCUCGAAAAUAGAAACAUCAGGAAAUAACUUACUUAAUGAUCUCAUGCCUACAUUUCUUGCAAGUUAUUUAUCAAAAAGUAAUGAAAUUUUUUUUUUUAAGUUAUUACCCUUGGACAGAUAAAAUAAGUGCAACACAGGGAACAUUGGAACUCUGUUCUUUUAUUUCCAUAGGUUUAGUUAGAUAAGGCUGAUUUGCACAAUGAUAUAUAUGUUCCAUUAUUAAAUUAUCUCAUACUUUCAAGUGGACAUUAGGACCAACACUACACUCGAAAUUUAUGGACCUACCUGAUUUUUGGUGGUGUGGACCGACAGGACCUUCAAUUUUUUAGAACACUUCCAUUGUACCUGAACUCUUCCUUGAUAAUUCAUUUGCAAGACAUCAUACACAUUUAUUGCAUUCAACUUACUGAAGAUUUAUUUAUGUUCUUGGGUACCUAUUUUUGUGGAUUAAGGAAAAAUUAUAUUUUUGUGGAUAUUUGAAUUGAUGAUUUUGACAAAGUCUGCAUACAAGACUAUGAUUUUUUUUACUUUGUUGAACAUUUAGAUUUGUGGUUCACUUGUACCCAUGAAAUAGGUAUUCAACAAAUAAUAAUAAAUCUACAGUAUCAGGUGUAACACCAUUGAGAUUAUAAGGUUCUUCUGUUAAUGGAAAAUUUAAUGACUCACAGUCUUUUAUACACAGAAUCACAAAAUAAUGAUAUCAUAUCAAUAGUAAAAAUUUCAAGAGUGGCACAAAAUUAAAAUAUAGUUUAAGAGAAUAAAUAUUCUUGGUCAAUAGUAUUUGGAGAAUACUCCCUCCCAUUGAAUGGUGUGUAAUUCAUUUUAAAGGCUCAAAUUAUAUACAUGACAUAUAGAUUUCAUUUUCAUAUGUUUGAAGUAGGCAAAGAUGACGAUCAAUAGUAAUUUUGAGGACCAUUUCAUUUUGAAGGUCACUAUGGUUUUAUGUAAUUGGCUUCCAAACCUUUUAGUCUGGAGUGAUUUUUAUGAAGGUCAUUCCAGAAAAACACAAUGUACACACAGUAAUCAGUAUCAUACAUUUUUAAUAAUACUGAUUUUGUGUAGAGAAUCUGUGGGAAAAGUUACAAAGAAAAUGUUUUGAUUCAUUAAAUUUAACCAAUGAAUGGUAAUCUGAGUUGUAGUCACUGUUAUUUAUCAACAUUUAAAUAAACAACUUGAGCUUA